AUUUUUAUGCCCGGCAAAUUCGCCAAAAACAAAACAAUACAGUUUAUUCCAUGUCCUCUAAAUUACGCGACAUAAUUCUCAACACACAUGUGCCGCUAGUUCUGCGGGACUUCCCCAACCACUGGGAGUGCUUUCAAGACUCGCUGCAGGAGUGGUGCGCACGCUAUGACAAAGCUUCAAAUGAUUCCAGUUUGCCGGUAUUUGAGGCAAUUUCCAUUGCGGAUGGCGCCACGCCACAAUGGGAGCGAAAGAGAUCCCGUGUCCGGAUGACGAUGCAACAGUUUCUGGAGAAGUAUGCCACAAAAGGGGUGGGCAAAGAGGCACCCACCGAAUGGGCCGCCUAUCAAUACAAGCGGGCUAACGAACUGCCUCCGAGCUGUUUGACAGGCAUCGAUUUCAAAUGCUUUGGCUUCGCUGAGCAUCAAAAUGAUUACAGCUUGUGGCUAGGAUCGGCGUGCGCCAAUACGCCGUGUCACUACGACACGUAUGGCGUCAAUAUUGUGGUGCAGGCCUUUGGCUGCAAAUCCUGGCUGCUCUUUCCGCCCGAGACGCCGCUGCAAUGCACGCGAAUUCCUUACGAGGAGUCCAGUGUCUACUGCCUGGAGAAUUUCUAUGCACCCGCACCACAUAAUCUGCGCCAUUAUGAACAGUUUCAGGCGCAGGCUCAUCACUGCCUGUUGCAGCCGGGCGAUGUGCUGAUUGUGCCACGACACUGGUGGCACUACGUGGAGGCGGCGGAGACAUCGCUCAGCGUCAACUAUUGGGUGCCGCUGAAGGCUGACAUGGAUCUAACACUGGACGAGCUGUUGGUCAAACACAUCGUGGAGAGCUUUGUCAAAGGCGAAAGCGACGAGGUGAAACAAUAUCUGCUGAAUCCCAAUCAGCUGGAUGAGAUUGCGCCCUCGGCCAGCACACUCUUCGACCAGUUCGAGCGGGCAGUGCAGCAGCAGAGCUCAGCCAGCGGGCGCAAACUAUGGACAAGUGACUAUCUCAGCCAGAGCAAAGUCCAGCAACUGCUCGAUAAUGUUGAGGAGCGUUUGUGCACCGUGGAUGUCAUGUCCAAGGAGGCAUAUUCGCAGCUCCUGGAGAGCAAUUCCAAGCGAUGCGAUGGCAGCUCUGAGCAGCAGGUGCUCAAUUCAAGGUUGGAGCUGUUGAUUAAUAGCAUGUGCUCUGCGCGUUGCAUUGCAACGAUCAAGGGAGAAUUCUAUCGGAGAUUGGGUCAUAGUGAGACGUAA